AUGACUACGUCUGGACUUAUAGAUGGAUUAGUGGAUAUAAAUCAAGAAAAUACUGAAAACAAAUACUCACAAAACAUCGAUUACUAUCAAAAAUACAUUGAUUUGUUAAAAAAAAAUGAAGAUUUAGAAACAGAAAAAGAAGACUAUAAGUUUAAUUUAACCAGAUAUCAAGACAUCCUUGAACCAGCUUACAAUAAAAACAUUAGAAAAUUAAAAGAGGAGAAGGUAGUUAUAUCCCAAGAGAAAGAUUUCUAUUUUGCUAAUUUUACUAAAUAUCAAAAAGAAAUUGAACCAAAAUACAAAGAAGAAAUCUAUACUUUGAAUCAAGAUUUGUCUAGAUAUGAAAAUAUUUUUAAAGAUUUAAAAAUAGAAUAUAACGAUAAAUUAUUUCAAUAUCAAAAAGAAGCCGAGAGACAUUACAGUGCGAUAAUCAGAGAUUUAAAAGCAGAAAAUGAAAAACUUAAUUUAGACAAAAAAAGAAUUAAUAACAACUUGGAUAAAGAUUAUCCCGACGAAAAAAUUAUUGAGCUUGAAACAGAUAUUCGUAGCAAAGUUUUUAUGAUUGAAGCCAUAGAAAAAUCAAAUCAAGAAUUAAGAACUACAAACGACAAAUUAAGAAAAGAAGCUUCGUCAUAUCAAUCAGCUUUAGGUGAUGCAUUAAAUGUCCAUUUGAAUAAUUCAGUUCAACUUUCAACUGAUAUAGCUUCUCUACAGGAUAGACUUGAAAAAUACGUCACAGCUUUAAAAGGUUCUUUUAUAGAAAUUGAUAAUGAUAAAAUUCAAGAAUUGUAUGGAAAAUAUAAUUUAGAUAUACAUCAACAUAAAAAUAAUAAAAUUUUGAUGAAAUCAGUUUUACAACGUCAUAUUUUAGAAAAAAUUCUUGAAUAUAUUGAUAAUUAUCUUGAUAUUACAGAAGAUGAUGAUACAAAUAAUCCCAAUAAUCAGGAAAAAUAUAUAAUGAAUCAUACAAAUGAAUUAAUAUUUCUCCUUGAUAAAUUUUAUAAUAAUCAUUUUGAACAAGAUAAUAAUGUGAUUAAAGCUAUUCCAACAAAGAUACGUCAACAAGUUUAUGGUAUAUUAGGUGAAUUUGGAUUCUCAGAGACUUGUGAAAAUAAUAAAAAACAAUAUAUGCAUCCAUUCAUAUCAUCCACAGCAUUAGAACUUAAUCAAUUAAUGGCAGGAUAUCGUUAUAUCAAAAAUGAUACUAAAAGAAAGAAUGUAGAAAAUAUGGCAGAAAAUCUUAUCAAAGAUGUUUUUAGGAUAUUUAAAUUUCGAUUAUUAGUUCAAGAACCAAAAUGUGAGACACUCUGGUUUGAAAAAGAUGUAAAAAUAAAUCCUCUAUUUAUGAAAGGACAAUGGGAUGAUGAUUGUUUGGAUGAUUAUGUUGUGGAUAUUUGUUAUUUUCCUUUGAUUGGAACGGAAUUGAAUGAUUCGAGUAAAAGUAAAGUUUGCAUUCAUGCAAAAGUUUUCCCUCGAUCUAUAGCACCACCAUCGCCUACAGCAGAAGAUCAUCCGCCUUUGAAUGAUGAACUACAAGAAAAUUCAAGUUUAAUCGGAGGUAAUAUCAAGGGUAUAUUUAAUAAAAUAUUACCCCCACCAUCCUCUUCAACACCAAGUCAAAAUUCAGCUAACAGUGAUCACAACAAGGAUCCAAAUAAGCGUCAAAAUUCGGCUAACAGUGAUCACGACAAGAAUCCAAACAAGCGUCAAAAUUCGGCUAACAGUGAUCGUAACAGGGACUCAAACAAGCGUCAAAAUUCAGCUAGCAAUGAUUGUAACAACGAUCCAGAAAAGCGUCAAAAUUCAACCGACACGAGUGAUGUUGACAAUCAAAUUAUAAAAGGAGGAGUCUGUGGUGGAAAUGAAGAUAGUAAAAUUGAAAAUAGUGAAAAUCAAGAUAUUGACGACCUAGAAAAUGAUGGUGGACAAGGAACUAGUGAAUACGGUGAAUACGGAAAUGAUGAAAACAGUCAAGAAUCUGUGUGGGUUGCUGAAUGGGUUCCUGAAAAAGGAAUAGAUCCUGAAAAGGAUGUUGAUAAAGAUGGUAAAGACACAACCACAAAAGUAAAAAUUAGUAAUAAAAAAACCAAUAGAAAAAAAAAAAAGCCUGGUAAUGAUUUUGAUUGUAUGUAG